AUGUCUCAUUUCGAAGCAAAGGCUGUUCUUGGAAAAUUAGAGUAUCAAAGAGGUAACGUGAAAAAUGCUCUUCAAGUGUUUGAUGGAAUUGAUCUUCAACCAAUCAUACAACAAUUACAAACUUCCCUUUCGGAAAAAGGACCAGUGAAGAAUGCUUUGUUGUUUGAAGUCGUCUACCUAAGAAUCAAGUCUCUACAAAAGUUGGACAAAUGUACUGAAGCUAUUGAUGAGUGUAAGUGUGUUCUUGAUGCUGUUGAGAAGACAUAUGGUCAGGGUACAUUUGAUACACAAGUCGACAAUAAAUCGCAGGAGAUAGCCAGUCGUGUAGUGGAGCUCCUUCCAGAGCUUUGGAAACAGGUUGGUCGUUAUGAUGAGGCAUUGUCUGCUUAUAGGAAUGCCCUACUUAGCCAAUGGAACCUUGAUAAUGAAUUUGUUGCAAGAAUUCAGAAGGCACUUGCUGUGUUUUUGUUGUACAGUGAAGUGGAGGCAAGUCCACCUAACAAGACGGAUGGGUCUUAUGUACCCAAAAGCAAUCUGGAAGAGGCAAUUCUUCUUUUAAUGAUUAUUUUGAGAAACUUCAUCCUUGGUAAGAUAAAGUGGGAUCCUUCAGUUAUGGAACACCUGACUUUCACACUUUCAACAUGUGGACAAACCUCUAUUUUAGCAAAGCAAUUUGAAGAGUUGAUACCUGGUGUAUACCACCGCAUUGAUCGUCGGAAUUUUAUAGCCAUGUGUAAUUGUAUAGCUGGAGAAAAUAAAAGUGCUUUGAAUCUACUUAGGAUGUCUUUACAUAAACAUGAACGACCAAAUGACCUAAUAGCAUUAUUAUUGGCUGCCAAAGUUUGUAGUGAGGAUCCUCAUCUUGGUGCUGAGGGAGUAGGUUAUGCACAAAGAGUAAUCAAUAAUGCCCGAGGAUUAGAUGAGCAUUUGAAAGGUGUGGGUCUUAGGAUGUUGGGACUUUGCCUAGGAAAACAGGCUAGGGUUUGUUCUUCUGACCAUGAGAGGUCUAACCUUCAAUCCAAAGCUCUACAAUCAUUAGAGAAGGCAAUUAGAUUGGAGCAAAAUAACGCUGAUCUCAUUUUUGAAUUGGCUAUUCAAUAUGCUAUGCACCGAAAUUUAACUGUUGCUUUAUCUUGCGCUAAACAGUUCUUUGACAAAACUGGUGGCUCUACAUUGAAAGGUUGGAGAUUGCUUGCUCUAGUUUUGUCUGCACAAAAAAGAUUUGCAGAGGCCGAAGUAGUCACUGAUGCAGCUGUAGACGAGACUGCAAAAUGGGAGCAGGGGCCAUUACUCAGGCUGAAAGCCAAGUUGAAGAUCUCCCAAUUACGACCCAUGGAUGCUAUUGAAAUUUAUCGGUACCUUCUUGCAUUGGUUCAAGCCCAGAGGAAAUCACCUGGGCCACCUAAACAAGGUUCACAGGUUGAAGAUGAUAAGAUAAACGAACUUGAAGUUUGGCAUGGUCUGGCAAAUUUAUAUGCAAGCCUUUCUCACUGGAAGGAUGCCGAAAUUUGUUUGCAAAAGGCGAAAGAGUUAAAGGAAUACUCACCAGCAACAACACACGCUGAAGGCAAGAACAAAUCUUUAUGUUGUCAACAGUUUACUUUACCACAUUGAACUUGUGCUUUCCCUCUUGUUUAAAUGAAAUUGACAUUUCAUAUUUUUCAAUGUGAUUGUCCCAGCUAUUAUGUUCGAAGGUCGUGGAGAAUAUUUAGAAGCUCUCAUUGCUACUUUGAAUGCGGUUCUGCUUGAACCAAACUAUGUGCCAAGCAAGAUCUUGAUGGCUUCUUUGAUACUGAAAAUCGAUUUUAUUUCUGCUGCACCUGUUGCUAGAUGCCUACUUUGUGAUGCACUUAGAAUAGAACCCACCAACCGCAUGGCUUGGUAUUACUUGGGAUUAACUCACAAGGCUGAUGGCCGAAUAUCUGAUGCUGCUGAUUGCUUCCAAGCAGCUUCCUUGCUUGAAGAAUCUGAUCCCAUUGAAGGUUUCAGCUCUAUGAUUUGACUACAGUCCUUGGUUAACUUUUACAUAUUCGUAUAAUCUUUUGUCGUCACUUUUGAAAAUGUAUCAUUUUUUUUUUCAUUUAAAAUUCUUUUCAUAAGGAACUAGUUUCUAAGAAGAAAAGUUGGCUUAUAUCCGAGAAUAGGAAAUAAGAUAACAACGAGGUUCAUUAAUUGUAAAGAACUUAAGGGGUUUUAUUGUGUUUGGUUCCUUUAUUGCUUGUAAA